CCGAGCCACAGCUUGUUUAUUCAGGGCGGGUCACCGCCUUUCAGCGGAGAGCAAAGGUUGGAUUUUCAACGCUAGCUGCUGCUUUCCUCAAAAAAAUGGAAACGUGAAAAGCAGCAACGAUUAAUUAAUUCUCAGAGUUUUUAUUAUCCUGCACAUUGGCGGCUUCUGGACGAGGAUGAGGGAUCUCCAGGGGGUGGACAGCUUGCUUUUGAGAGAGCUGAAGACAUGUUGCGCGAAAGAGGGCAACUUUCUUCCAAGAGAAGCAGGCCUGAAGCUGAUGGAGGCUUCUUCCACAGAGAAUCACACCGGAGUAUCUGCAAAAUGCAGGGACACCAGAGUGGAAGAGCUGUGGAGCCUGACCAGCUUCUUCGGCUACAGCACCCAAACCUUCGUUCAAGCUGUCAAUUUGCUUGAUAGAUUUCUUGCCAUUAUGAAGGUGCAGCCCAAGCACUUACCCUGCAUCGGUGUCUGCUGUUUCCACAUCGCUGCCAAAAUGGUUGAGGAAGAGAAUAAUGUCUCACCUACCCAUGAACUCAUUCGCAUCAGCCAAAGCAAGUUCACUGUGUCAGACCUGUGCCGCAUGGAGAAGAUCAUUUCUGAGAAACUGUGCGUGGACCCCGAAGCCGUGACGGCCUUAACCUUGCUUCGCCUCUACUACGCAGCCUUUACAUGCCUCUCUGCUGCAAGGGAGGAGAUCCCAAGCAUUGGGAGACUGGAAGCCCAGCUAAAAGCCUGCUUAUGUCGGCUUGUUUUCUCUAAAGCAAAACCCUCUGUGUUGGCGCUGUCCCUCAUUGCCCAGGAGUUUGACGCCCUCCAGUCAGUCAAGCUGUUGAAGAUUGUCGCACAAUUCCAAAGACUUCUGAAGAUCGGCGACAGCGAGCUGCUCCACUGGAAGGAGCUUGUGGCCAAGUGCAUGUCUGAGUACCGCUCCAGCGAAUGUAACAAACCGGACAACAAAAAGCUGGUUUGGAUCGUGUCCAGGAGAACGGCGCAGAAUCUCCAGGCCUGCCACUUCAGCGUACCCGGUCUGCCAACUAUUCCAGAGAGGAGCUGGGACGAGAGCGAGAGUGAGGACUCCUGUGAGGACCUGAGCAGCGGAGAGGACAGUCCGUGUGGCUCGCCGGGAAGCGAUGGCGAGGGAGCCUUCUUCCCCCGCGCCUUCCUCAGCGGCAGGAAGUGACACGUUGCCGUGCGCCGGCCUCACACACGUCCUGAGUGCUCUCCGGGCCACAUCUGUGUGUUUGACCCGUGUGUGUCGUGUCUUGUAAAGUAUGCGGGUUUCGAUCAUUAAGUGCCUGUGUUGAUUUACUUCAAACGUCUGUUUGGUCUGAUGUUAAAGCAAACAUAUCGUAAUGAUGCAAAACUCGGAAAAAAGAAAAAAAAAAACUCGCAAUAUUUUGGCAGCUUGAUGGCAAUACAUCUGAAUGUCUGUUUCUGGGACGUUCCCUUUGUGUUUGUUUGUGUCUGAGCUCGACACAUUCCAGGAAGCACAGCAAAGCACAAGGAAGAACGUAACACUCAACUGUUAAAUGCCAGCUAACAUGUUAACAUCCUCAGUCUUUUGACUUUUACAACCCUUUUGAUAAUUAUGAACAGUUGUCUGCAAAUGUUAUUGUAUGUACAGACGGCCCGUUCUAACUUGACAAACCAUUUCACGUUGUGGUGUGGGAAAGAAGUGACUAUAUGCAUGGAUAUGUUUAAAUAUGUUACCAUGAACGCGUAUCGUUUUUGUUUACUGAGUUAAGCUUCCUGUAUGAAGACAAAAUCAGAAAAAA